AAGAUCUGGGCCACUCUCCGAAGCUUGUUUUUCAAAUGCCACCCCGUUGCGUUCUACCGUGACACAUUCUUUGCUCGGCGUCAGCUACCCUCAGAGAACGCAGAUGCCUUCCUCGCAGCCCUCCGAAUUUUGGCUCACAAAGGGUUUCCAGAUCUUCAAUACGCGGAUCUGGAAAAGUGGAUAUGUGAGAGAUUUGCGAUGGGCCUACGCGACCAGUACCUCCGUGACAAAUAUACAUUGAAACUUCCUCGUUCGCUGGAGGAGGUGCUGGAAAAGGCCAGGAAUCGGGAAUUUUUGGAGCAAGUCAAAGCCGACCGAACCCAUCUUGGUCAUGAUAGUUGUUCAACUUUACGCCCAUCGACCGACGUUUUCGCAGCUGAUCACAUGCACCAUUCCCCAGCACGAAAAUCCCCCGUGGAGAACUGCGUAUACUGUCAGCGGUUCGGCAGACGGGCCCAGCGCUGUGGACACAACCCACCUAUUGUUUUUCGAAAACCACGAGGGCUUGGCGGACCGAAUGCACAAUGAAUGAAGGGAAUCAAAAGCCAAGCCCCAGUACCUGUUUCUUGUAAACUCGUUGUUUAUAUACUUGCUUGCCGUGUACCACGCUGUUCGCAUGCCGCGCUGUCGAAUACAUCUGUCUCGGUCCAGCUUGCUCGUUCUUGUGUUCGACUCAUUAAAGCAUCGUCGUUUUGCAUGAUUGCCGUUUCGUACGAGCUACUGUGUUAGUUACUCGGUCGCUGAUUCUCACGUGUCGUUCGUUUGUAGCCGGGACUUCUCGUCCGUGUCUCGAACCUGCCAUCCGGAAUAUAUUACAAAUUGGCGUCGCGGGCAGUCCUACAAGUAUGAGCAAAAGUGAUUUCAGCCCACCGAAGAUUGAGUGUUGUGUCCGAGAGACGAGUUCGCAGAUUCAAUCCCUCAGUCGCCAACCGCG